UUCCAAUCCACUUCUGUCUGCAACCAAGACCUCCAACGUUUUUUGGGCAGGUCUCCUGCGACCGCCAUACUCUACCACUGGCUGUUCAAAUAUUGUAAAACCGCCCCAUCUAUGUGCCAGUUCCUGAAUCCAGAGGGAUCCACGGGGAGCUUGUGACAGAAGUCGGGUGUGGAGAAGGUGGAACCAAAGUGAAUCACGGCAGUCCAGCAAAUACUCCACAGAAGAGGCGGAGGAGUGGGGGGAAGAGGAAGAGGGAGCCAUGUCCAAUGUUAUCCUGGAAAGCAUCUUUCUGAAACGUUCUCAGCAGAAGAAAAAAACUUCUCCCCUAAACUUCAAGAAGCGGCUCUUUCUGCUGACAGAGGACAAACUCUCAUACUAUGAAUAUGACUUUGAUCGUGGGCGCCGAGGAAGUAAGAAGGGCUCCGUGGAUGUUGAGAAAAUCACCUGCGUCGAGCCGGUCAUCCCCGAGGCCAACCCUCCUCCAGAGCGGCAGGCCCCAGCGCGAAAAGGAGAGGAUUUAAAUGAGAAGGAGCAGAUCACCAUCAUCGAGCGGUUCCCCCACCCUUUCCAGGUGGUGUACGAUGAAGGUCCCCUCUACAUCUUCUCUCCGACGGAGGAGUUACGGACCCGCUGGAUUCAACAGCUGAAGAGUGCGAUCUGCUACAACAACAACCUGGUGCAGAAGUUCCACCCCUGCUUCUGGACAGACGGGCAGUACCUCUGCUGCAGCCAGACGGCCAAGCUGGCCAUGGGGUGCCAGGUCCUGGGAGGCAGGAGUCGAAGCUUCCGAAGUGGCCGCUCUCUUCUCAAGCCCGACAAGCCGCUGCCCCCAACCCCGGAGGAGGAUCAGAUGAUGAAGAAGCCGCUCCCUGAACCGGUCCCCAGCACCCCAUCCAGGAGCAGGAAGGUCGUGGCUCUCUACGACUACGCCCCGAUGAACGAGCAGGACCUGGAGCUGCAGAAAGGGGAGGAGUACCUCAUCCUGGAGGAAAGUAACGAGUCCUGGUGGAGAGCCCAAGACGUGAAUGGGAAACAAGGCUAUAUUCCCAGCAACUAUGUCACUGAAACAAGAGAUUCUCUGGAGAUAUUUGAGUGGUAUUUGAAAAACAUAACCAGAAGGCAAGCAGAGCAGCUGCUGAAGAAGGAGGGCAAAGAUGGAGGCUUCAUUGUCCGAGAUUCCAUCAGCAAGACCGGAAAAUAUACCGUCUCUGUGUUCGCCAAGUCAACUGGGGACGCCCAGGGGACCAUCCGCCACUAUGUUGUGUGUUCCACGCCCCAGAACCAGUACUUCCUGGCAGAGAAGCACCUCUUCAGCACCAUCCCGGAGCUCAUCAACUACCAUCAGCACAACUCAGGGGGGCUUAUAUCCAGACUGAAGUACCCUGUGUCAUCGCAACAAAAAACCGCUCCCUCCACAGCAGGACUUGGAUACGGAGCAUGGGAGAUUGAUCCAAAGGACCUGACUUUCCUGAAGGAGCUGGGAACAGGGCAGUUUGGGGUGGUGAAGCACGGGAAGUGGAAAGGCCAGUACGACGUGGCUGUCAAGAUGAUCAAGGAAGGUUCCAUGUCGGAGGACGCCUUUAUCGAUGAAGCCAAAGUCAUGAUGAAUCUCUCUCAUGGAAAGCUCGUGCAGCUGUUUGGGGUCUGCACCAAGGAGAGACCGAUCAUGAUUAUCACGGAGUACCUGUCCAAAGGUUGCCUCCUGAAUUACCUCCGGGACACUCGGCGGUCUGCCCAGGCCAGCGAACUUCUCGAGAUGUGCAAGGAUGUCUGUGAGGCGAUGGAGUACCUGGAAUCCAAGCAGUUCCUGCACAGGGACCUGGCAGCUCGCAACUGUUUGGUCAGCGAACAAGGUGCCGUCAAAGUUUCCGAUUUUGGCCUCUCCAGGUACGUCUUGGAUGAUGACUACAUUAGCUCUAUGGGAUCCAAGUUUCCGGUCCGGUGGUCCCCUCCGGAGGUCCUCCUCUACAGCAAGUUCAGCAGCAAGUCGGACGUCUGGGCUUUUGGUGUUCUGAUGUGGGAGGUUUACACCUUGGGAAAGAUGCCCUAUGAGAGGUUCAGCAACAGCGAGACAACGGAGCACGUGACCAAAGGGCUGCGUCUCUAUCGGCCCCACCUGGCAUCUGAGAGAGUCUACGCCAUCAUGUACAGCUGCUGGCACGAGAAAGCAGAAGAGCGUCCCACCUUCCAAGUCCUCCUGAAACACAUCACUGAUUUAGCAAAUGAAGACUCCUGAACAGAUCCCUCUCCAAUUGCUCAGUUGCUACAGUUUGUUUUUCAUAUGUUUACGUUUGCCAAGCAAUUUCUGAAUGGAUGAUGGAUGGAAGAGGCUGAAAUGAGCAUAUUGCAGCAAAAAUAACUGGACCCAUUCCCCCCCAAGUCACCAGAUUCUUUUUCUCUGGCUCCAUGCACUAAAUGGGUUGUGUUGGAAAUCACCAAAGUGCUACCGAGAAGAUAACCUAUGCCGGAAAGUGCCGGUUACUUAUCUUCCUUGUCAACAGCAAAUCCUUUCUCUGCAGUGUCAAAAUGCUUGCAUCUCUCCCUGUAAUUCAAAACGGUACGCUGGGAUUUGAGAACUUCACAGAGAUGCAACAGCGUGCAAUGCCGAAAUAGCAAGGAUCAGAAAUGAUCUGAGAAUGAAAGCGCUUAUAAAAAGGACAUACAAGUGAU